GCGGAUAGCAGUACAGAGACAUGGACAACAUAACUGCAAGCGAACUGGCGGGUUUUGGAGUUGGAACUCUGCUUCUAUGCGCCACCAUUGCUGCUCCAAAGUUUGAUGCUUUCAUCUCUGGCUCUCAACGCAGUUCAUUGGGAAUGUGCAAGAGAUGCGGUAAUGUGAGGAAGCUAGCAUGCUCAACAUGUAAAGGAACUGGAUUAGUUAAGGAAGGUCAAGUAGCUGGUUUUACUUUCAUUGAUGACUUGUAUCAGUCGCUAGGGGGUGAUGAAUCGAAAGAGAGAUCCAUUGCUUGCAUCAAAUGUCAAGCUAAAGGUUAUUUUAGCUGCCCUGAUUGCUCUAAAACAUAAUUUGUUUGAGUUGCUGUGUGUCCUGUGAAUCAAAUUACACGGUUUUUUUUUUCCUCCAAGGAUACUUUCUUUUGGUUUUAAGUAGUGAAAGUGAAAAACAAGUUAAUGAUCCCAAUUUUAGACUGGAUUAUACAGUGGUUGAUAAUUUCAUAUGUUCA